CUCCGGCCGGAAACGGGCGCUUGUUUCCGGCCGGACGGCCGAAAGCCACCGAUCCUGAACCAGCCGCUGGAGUCUGAGUGGCGACCCGGUGUGGAGCCGGCGGAAAGCCACUGGGGAGAGGCCAGCUUCGGUCAGUCCCGGCUUGGCUCCGGCUCCAGUUCCUGUGGGGAGCAACAGUCGCGGUCGCCGUGUCCGCCUCCGCCUCCAUCGUCGUCGGGGGAGGGGCCGCUCGGACCCCGGGGUCACUGCCGAGGAAUGAGGAGAGGCGGCCGGGCCCCGCGCUCCGCCCCGGCCUAGAGCCUUGCCCUGAGAGUCGCGAGGGUCGAAGCCUGGAUUUUGAUCUAUGUUGUGCUCACAUCCUGCUGCCUGAGAGUACUUGAUGAUCCAUGACCCUGGACAUGGAUGCUGUCCUGUCGGAUUUUGUCCGUUCCACAGGUGCAGAGCCAGGGCUGGCCCGAGAUCUUCUGGAAGGAAAGAACUGGGAUGUGAGUGCUGCCCUCAGUGAUUUUGAACAGCUACGCCAAGUUCAUGCUGGGAACCUGUCCCCACCCUUUAGUGGAGGGAGUAGUUGCUCUAAGACCCCUGAAAAAGGGUGUUCUGAUAGAGAGCCCACUCGCCCUUCUCGACCGAUCCUACAGAGACAGGAUGACAUCAUUCAAGAAAAACGCCUGUCUAGGGGCAUCUCCCACGCCAGCUCCAGCAUUGUUUCCCUGGCCCGGUCCCAUGUCUCCUCCAAUGGUGGGGGUGGGGGGAGCAGUGAGCACCCCCUGGAAAUGCCCAUCUGUGCCUUCCAGCUUCCAGAUCUCACUGUGUACAAAGAAGACUUCCGAAGCUUCAUAGAGAGGGACCUCAUUGAGCAGUCCAUGCUGGUCGCCUUGGAACAGGCAGGGCGUUUGAACUGGUGGGUCAGUGUGGAUUCCAUCUGUCAGAGGCUGCUUCCCUUAGCAACUACUGGAGAUGGGAACUGCCUCCUGCAUGCAGCCUCUCUUGGGAUGUGGGGUUUCCACGACAGAGACUUGGUGCUGCGGAAAGCUCUGUAUGCGCUGAUGGAGAAGGGUGUCGAGAAGGAAGCGUUGAGAAGGCGCUGGAGGUGGCAGCAGACACAGCAGAAUAAAGAGUCUGGACUGGUGUAUACCGAAGAUGAAUGGCAGAAGGAAUGGAAUGAAUUGAUCAAGCUUGCCUCAAGUGAACCCAGAAUGCACCUCGGUACCAAUGGAGCCAGUGGUGGUGGAGUGGAGAGCUCAGAGGAGCCCGUGUACGAGAGCCUCGAGGAGUUCCAUGUCUUUGUCCUUGCUCACGUGCUCAAGAGGCCCAUAGUGGUCGUGGCAGACACCAUGCUGAGGGACUCUGGAGGGGAAGCGUUUGCCCCGAUUCCUUUUGGAGGGAUCUACCUCCCAUUGGAGGUCCCAGCCAGCCAGUGUCACCGGUCACCUCUGGUGCUCGCCUAUGAUCAGGCCCACUUUUCUGCACUUGUGUCGAUGGAGCAGAAGGACAGUGCCAAAGAACAAGCUGUGAUCCCGCUCACAGAUUCAGAGCAUAAGCUGCUGCCCCUGCACUUUGCUGUGGACCCGGGAAAGGGCUGGGAGUGGGGCAAAGACGACAAUGACAAUGUCCGGUUGGCCAGUAUAAUUCUGUCCCUGGAGGUCAAAUUACAUCUGCUGCAUAGCUACAUGAAUGUGAAGUGGAUCCCACUGUCAUCUGAUGCACAGGCUCCUCUGGCCCAGCCCGAGUCCCCCACAGCCUCAGCUGGGGACGAGCCCAAGUCCACUCCUGAGUCUGGGGAGUCGGACAAGGAGUCGGUGGGCAGCGGCUCUACCGGCCAUGACGGCAGCGGGCGGAAGGAGAAGUCGAAGCCAGACCGGGAGAAGGACAAGAAGAGAGCGGACUCUGUGGCUAACAAGCUGGGCAGCUUCGGCAAAACCCUGGGCAGCAAGCUUAAGAAGAACAUGGGGGGCCUGAUGCACGGCAAGGGCCCCAAGCCUGCCGGGCCGGGCGGCGGGUCUGGAGUAAGCAGUGGCACCGAGACCCUGGAAAAGAAGAAGAAGAACAGCGCCCUCAAGACCUGGAAGGCUGGCAAGGAGGAGGCCGCUGGGGAUGGGCCUGUGUCUGAGAAGGCCUCGGCCGAGUCUCUUGGCAAUGGAGGGAGCAAGUACAGCCAGGAGGUGAUGCAAAGCCUGAGCAUCAUGCGGAUCGUAAUGCAAGGGGAGGGCAAGUUUAUUUUUGUUGGAACCCUGAAGAUGGGCCAGCGGCACCAGUAUCAGGAGGAGAUGAUCCAGCGCUACCUUGCAGAUGCCGAGGAGAGAUUCCUGGCAGAGCAGAAGCAGAAGGAAGCUGAGCGGAAGAUCAUGAAUGGAGGCUUAGUUAGUGGGCCGCCUCCAGCCAAAAAGCCAGAGCCAGAUGGCGGGGAGGACCAGCCCAGUGACUCCCCAGCAGAGUCCAAGGCACUGGCAUUCUCUACCGCUUACCCUGGGGGCUUUACUAUCCCUCGACCUUCUGGGGGUGGAGUCCACUGCCAGGAGCCCCGGAGGCAGUUGGCAGGGGGUCCAUGUGUAGGCGGCCUUCCACCCUAUGCCACCUUUCCCAGACAAUACCCUCCUGGGCGACCCUACCCUCACCAGGACAGCAUCCCAUCUCUGGAGCCAGGCAAAGAUGGAGUUAACAGGGGUGCCUUGUUACCACCCCAGUUCCGUGUGGCUGAUUCCUAUAGCAAUGGCUACAGAGAGCCCCCUGAGCCAGAUGGAUGGGCCGGAGGUUCCCGGGGGAUUCUCCCAACCCAGACCAAAUGCAAACAGCCGAACUGCAGCUUCUAUGGACACCCGGAGACAAACAACUUCUGCUCUUGCUGUUACCGGGAAGAACUGAGGAGGAGGGAACGGGAACCAGGUGGGGAACUGCUGGCGCACAGGUUCUGAAUGGGUAGAAAGAACCUCGGCGGUGGCGGCGGCGGGAAAGGGGCUAAACAAAGAAAGUUCAGCUCAACUCUGGCUCCUCAAGACCCAGCCCCUGUGUCCAUGGGGCAAGUGCAGAAAUGUUUGUGAGAGCUGGAGUGCAGCAGGCUGGCAGGAGCAGGACAGGGCUGGCACUCCCUCAGGGCUGUCCUGCUCUUAGGAAGGGCUGACCUCAGACUGCAAGACAGAAGGGGAAGACUAUCUCAUAACCUCCUGGGCCCUGUCCCAGGGCCCAAGGGGAAGUAGGGAAAUAAUUGGUGUGUGUGUGGGUGGGAGGUGGGUGGACAUCUUGGGGGGAGGAACCAGGAAAGAAGGUCCUCAGUCGGCUAAGGAAAAACCAGACCAAAGUUCAUUGACUUUAGAAAAAAGCACAUGGUGGUGGAGUUGGGAGUAUAGAGCGAAUCUGAGAUACUGACCAUGUUUGAUCUUGGUUUGAAUUAGGUAGGUGACAGGCUUGGGUACAUUCUUCUUCCGGAAGGAAGGGUCAGGCAGUGUGUGCCUGGCCUACUUAGAAAGGGGAUUUUAAAUCCCAGUGAGUGAACGUCGGAAAGGGAGGAACUUGGAGGAGGAUUUUUUUUCCUAGUAAGUUUUAUGUUCUAGCUAGUCAUCUGUCAUCCAUUCUAGUUUUAGGGGAGUCUGCCUGUUGCCCCAUUUUUCCUCAUCCUCUUUGAGGACUGAGCUCAGCUAAGUUAAGAAGUUGUGAUUUAAAGAAGUUUUUAUUUUAAAAGCAAGCCCUCUUCGGGAGAGAGAAGGGUGUGAGAGCGGCCUCGUGUGGGGGGCUCUCUUCAGGUGGGUGCAGUGAGCUGUUUUAACUACUUAGCAAUAACUACAUGUGGGCUUUGAGUGCACUGAGGAGGGCUGAGGGGGCCAGACGCUUGGCCAGACCGUUGGAAACUAUACCAAAACCCUCUGUAGAGCUCUCCUGCUGCUGCGUUUCCGUAGAAAGCAGCUUAUUUUACUGACUAAUUUUUUUAAAGAAAAAAUAAGACCCUGGCAAAAAAAAAAAAAUUAAAAAUUACUUACUCCCCAACCCCCAUUUAAGUGAUUUUUUUUCUUCUCCUACCUGUCUACUUCUGGAGAAUGAACUUAACAUCUUGGCUUCUUUUGUUAAGCCAUAGCUGACCUUAAUCUAUGGUUAGUUUAUUAAAAUAAUAAAAAUACUUUGUAAGAAGAAUUAUUUUUGAUAUUAGGACUGGUGUUGAAGCAUGGGAUGGGCUAGGGGCCAUUUAUAAAGGUAGCUAGAGAAAUAUAUUUUAGUGAACCAUAGCCACAGGCCCAGAUUAGUCCCGGAGAGCUGAUCUGCCUUUGGAGUUCUCCCUUUCCUGAGCCAACCCUGUCCUCCAGAGGGGGAGUGGCCCCAGUGGGAAGAGUCCCUUGCAGUUUGCACAAAGCACAAGUCUGGACAGCACUUGCUCUGCCCAGAGCCAUGUCGAAGAGCUUUAAACCAGAAGACUCCCUCACCACUUGUCCUUUCUCCUCGUAUUUUUUUUCUGGGGGAAAAAUCAUCUAUGCAAUUGUAUACACUUGUGGCUGUACAUGAAGAAGGGCGUGAGUGUGCUUCCGUGUCCAGAGUGUUGACUGGCUGUUCUGUGCUUUGAUUUCUUUACUGAGGUAUGUCAUCACCCACAUUUGAUGGAAUGUAAUCCCCACAUUGGAUCUAAGGCACAAAUGGCUCUGCGUGCGUGUGCGUGCGUGUGUGCGUGCGUGUGUGCGUGCGUGCGUGCGUGCGUGCAUGGGGGACUCGUGUGUGUGUGUGUGUGUGUGUGUGUGUGUGUGUGUGUGUGUGUGUGUGUGUGUUUGGUGGGACUCCUGUUUACAUGUUUCUUCUGCCUAGUCAGGAUAAUGAUCACACACUUCCCCUUGGUAACAAAGCUAGUCAACAAUUCCUCAUUGAAAUUAUUUAGUUUAGAAAGGCUUUUUUCCCCUCAAAAAAUUUGAAUGUCACUUCCAUAUCUGUCAAUCUGUUGAUUUAAUAAUUUCCUGUCAUUAUUUUCAGACAAUUUUUGUUUGUUUCUUUGCUAUGUAACCCUGGCUGGCCAGCCUGGUACUUGUUAUAUAGCCCAGGCUAGCCCCCAACUUAUAGCCACCCUUCUGCCUCAGUCUUGUGAAUUGUGGGACCUGGGUGUGAGCCGCCACAUCCAGGUUUCUUUAGGCUGGAACCUAAUAGAGAUGAGCAUUUCUGGCAGGUGUAUAAACUUAAAGGUCUAUUCAGAAAUGGAGGAUUUUUUAUGUUUUUGUUUUUUUAGAUAGGGUCCUCCUUGGGCCUUAAAUGUAUGGCCCUCUUGCUUCAGCUUACCAAGUGCUGGGAUCACGCCAUCCAGUAUAUAAACAUAAUAUAAAAAGCCCAGACUGACCCAAACAUCAAAAUCUUGGGAUGUAACAGGAAUGGUAUUGAGGUGGAAGCAGUGAGCCCUGAAUUGAACAAAUAUGAGGACAAAUCCUGUCCAUUUACGUUUUGAUGUUCAUAAAGUUCGUUUGUUUUUACAUGUUUUGACUUUUUACAGAAUACUGCAUCCAGAUGGUAUUUAUCUUGAUUCAUGGGUUUUAAGCACUCCUUCAUUUUUUCUCCCAAGGUGAACGAACGCCUUGUGCCUUGUUCUCAUCAUCUUAGACUUGUCCCAGUUUCUGGAGUUUGAGUGGCACAGAUGAGCCCCCUCCCUUCCUGACACUACAGACACCCUGGUGUGCACAGCUCAUCAUCCCCCUACACCCUCCCUGGGUACCUGCCUAGGUGAACAGGAACAGAGACGCCCCGCUGGGGUUUGCCCAGUAAGACCAGGGAAGUUGCUCUCUUUGGAUUGCUGUGUUUAGACUUGAUCUGUUAGUAGAUUGUAUUCACCACUCCUGUUUUUAAAAACUGAGAACAAAUGAAGAGAAACAGAAACCUUGUAUCAUGUUUGUUUUUAUUUAUAUGGUACCCAAUCUUAAUUGUUUGCCUUUUCAAAGCAAAAAUAAAAGGAAGUUCCAGGGACGGGAAGGGAGUUCUAAGAUUAUGUGGAAAAUGGGUCUUAGGCCCUUUAACUUUUUGUUAAAUUAGUUUUAAUUGGGAGGGUGACUAUUAAGGCACCAAAAGGCCUCUCUAUCUAAGGGUUUUUUUUUUUUCUUUUUUUAAAAUAAGGGAUGGUGAACUUUAUUUUUCAUUCUUUUUGGGGGGUGACCGAGGGGUUGAGUAGGAUGGAGUUAAUGAAUAAUGUCUGGAAAACAAAACCGAUCAGAAUUGGCUUGCAGUUUGGUAUAGACAUGCCCAUGCAAUUACUGUGGUGGGGAGAAGUGAGGGAGGGUUACGUGGGGAACUUUCAAACCUCCCUUGUUUAGAGGGUCAUGGGAGUGACAGGAAGGUAGACCCUGUAUCCCUAGGUGAGGCAUGGCCUCAUCUCUCAGGCUUACAUUUAAGUGCAAUUACUCCUGUUAAUCCAGGGCAUCUGGGGUCCUACUGAAGUUAAUGGAGAGAGGAGAUCUUCAGGGUUCUUCUUUUCUCCUUUCCACUUAACAUGGUUACACCCUCUCCCCUACAUUCUCUGCCCUGUCCCCAGCUUCCCGCAAAUCCACUACAGGCCGGCCUCCAAAUCCUUCCUCUUUACUCAGGCUGGCUUAAUUGAGAAUUGCAAAAGACUUCUUCAUACUGUGUUUUAUAAAUAAUAUAAAUUAUAUCUUUUUAUUUAGUUUUUAAGAUGCAAUUUCUAAGAGUGAGGGAUGGUGUUAAGCUCCUUGCUGUGCCUUAAAAUAGAAGUACCUUCCCUCACCAUAGGCUUCCAGAGUCCACAGACAAUAGAGCAGAAAUUACCCUGACUUUAUAUUAUAUACUUGGGUGGGGGGUGAUCCUGAGCCCAGAGAAUGGAGCUGGUUCCCUGAGAUCUGGCUCUUGCCUUUCUUCCUUCAGUCACGUGCCCAAGGUUCCAGGCACUUUGUUUUUCCUUCAGUAAAGGAGCAUUUGGGAAAUUAUUGUCUGUGUAUUACUCAGACACCUCUGGACUCUGCCCUCUUUUUCCAAGGAGGCAGUACCACCCAUAUAGCCAUAGGUGAGAACAGAAUUGGAAGCCGUUUUCUGGCUUGGAACACGUACUCCAGAGUCUUAGAAUUGAAUUCUUUCCCUCCAUCUCCAACUGCAGAUUCAGUGAGUCAUAGAGGCUCUGUCUCUUUUAAUAAUAUUUUGCAGAUACCCAGUCACAAAUUAGGGUGUAUUGCCUCCUGUGCUUAAGCUGAUUAACUAUCAUGCUUCCGUGUCGAAUUCCUGUGCCCCUCCAUUGGUUGCGUGGGUGGGGGCAGCACAAGUGAUGGAAGCUGUCUGAGGAGUGGGGUGGGAAGGACCUUGGCCUCUUUCUGUGUUUAUAACUGGAUCUGUGAUUCAUCCUGUGAGUCACUCAGCUCCACCUCCCUCCUCCAGCUGCCCCUCCCAGCAGCCCUUGCUCCUGGCAAACCUGUAACCAAAACAGGGGUCUGAAAAUGGAAAAAUCUGAGACAGCUCUUUGCCUCUCUAUGCCCUUUCCAUCCAGUAGUGGACCGCUGGGUUUGUGCUGCAGGUGGUGAGAGUCUUCCGUUACCUAAUGCUCAGCUGCUACCCUUGCAUUUCUGGUUAGGUGAUGAUCCGAAUCACCCAAUUUAUUUCUCUGACCAUUCUUCCUCUGUAUUCUGCUGUUCCCAUACCUCGAGGUAUUAAAGACUAGAAUGAGGCUCUCGGAAGAGUGGUGGGGAGAAGAAAAGUGGAUCAUGGGAAUUUAAACCAUGGGCGGGGGGGGCAACACCUCUUCCUACGCUGCUUCCUUAUUACAGUUCCUACUUUAUUCCACAAGACAUUAAGAGGUGUGUGGUGGGGUAGAGGUGUUCAGCAACCUUUUGGACUUCACAAUAAGGCUUCUGGGCCCCCUUCUUAGCAAGUACAUGCCUGUUCCAGACUGACUCGGCUCGCUAGCUUCGCUGUUUCCACAGUUGCAGCCAACACAAGGAACUUUGGAAGCUGAGGCUGGAAGGAUGUGUGCUGUGGGGAAGGGAGUAUUGAAUGUCACGACCCCCCCCUAAGGAUUGCUGCCUCUGUACAGACUCAAAAACAAUAAAACAGCAGCUCAUUAACCCUG